UAUAUGCGCCGCAAAUACACUUUUUGGACCUUUCCAAAUAAACAAAACCAUAAAAACAAAAAAAACAAAACAAAAACUUUGUCAAUUUACCCAAAAUUUUCUCUAUUACCGAUAGUUGGAUCUCUAACAAUAAUACUAUCCACGCUUCAAAUUUAUCCUUUGAUUUAAGUUCAAAAGAUGAGGCUGGUAUGAUCGGCUUUGACCAACCAUAAACACCAAACCAGGAAAUUUAUAUGGUGGCUUUUAAUUUUUUUUAAUUUUUAAUUUUUUUUCUUUCAAUUUGUGUUUUCUAAGAAACACAUAGGAAAGAAUAAAUAGAGAUCGAGGAAUAUUUUAAUUUUUUUUGUUAGGAUAUUUUUUGGUUCAUAUUCUCUGGUAAUAGAAUCGAAGAAGGUGGAAGUAGAAGAGAGAAAGCGGAUUUUCUCUCUUCUCUUCUCUCUUCUAUUCUACAUUUUUUGUUUUUUUUUCUUUUGUUUCUCAUGACGGCAUAAUUCGUCGUUUUUAUUCCAAGAAAUUAGGGUUUGGUUUUGGUGAAUUUCUAAGAUCAUGAAUGUGAUGCGUCGUCUCAAGAGCAUUGCUUCCUCUCGCUCUUCUAUUUCCGAUUCCGGUGGUGAUAGCUUCACCAAGAGGGCAAAGGUUGAUCAAGAAUCAGAAUUCAAGGCAACAGGGGAAUCAAAUAUAUCUGAUAGGAGUACACCUGGGCCAGAGCAUCAUAUGGCUUCUACUUCAUCGGAAACUGUAGCAAGCACGUCCAAUGCAGCUUCUAGUUCUAGUAAUAUAACAGAGAAAUUAGAUCUCGAUCAGCUCCCUAAUGAAAUGCAUGAAAUGAGAAUUAGAGAUGAGAAAACUACUGGCCAUUAUGAUAAGGAUGUUGGAUCUAAUGUUAUUAAUGGAAAUGGAACAGAAGCAGGUCAAAUAAUUACAACUGUUGUUGGUGGUCGAGGUGGGCAUCCAAAACAGACAAUCUCGUAUAUGGCUGAGCGUGUGGUUGGGACUGGUUCAUUUGGUGUCGUCUUUCAGGCUAAAUGCAUGGAGAGAGGUGAACAUGUUGCUAUAAAGAAGGUUCUGCAGGAUAAAAGAUACAAGAAUAGGGAGCUGCAGAUUAUGCAUCUACUUGAUCAUCCUAAUACAGUCCAAUUGAAGCACUAUUUCUUUUCAACCACCGAAAAGAAUGAGCUCUAUCUUAACCUUGUUCUGGAAUUUGUACCUGAAACAGUUUUCCGAGUUUCAAAACACUAUUGUAGAAUGAAUCGCCAUAUGCCCUUUUUUUAUGUACAGCUGUAUACAUACCAGAUAUGCCGUGCUCUAAAUUAUUUACACCGUGUGGUUGGUGUAUGCCAUCGUGAUAUUAAGCCACAAAAUUUACUGGUCAAUCCCCAGACUCACCAUCUCAAGAUAUGUGAUUUUGGCAGUGCGAAGAUGUUGGUGCCAGGUGAACCCAACAUAUCAUAUAUAUGCUCACGAUUUUAUAGGGCUCCAGAACUGAUAUUUGGAGCAACGGAAUACACAACUGCGAUUGACAUGUGGUCUGUCGGUUGUGUCAUGGCUGAGCUUCUGCUUGGACAGCCAUUGUUUCCUGGUGAAAGUGGUGUUGAUCAGCUAGUGGAAAUUAUAAAGAAAUUGGGAACUCCCACUAGGGAAGAAAUCAAAUGCAUGAAUCCAAAAUAUACAGAGUUCAAAUUCCCUCAGAUCAAAGCUCAUCCAUGGCAUAAGAUAUUUAACCGGAAAAUACCUCCUGAAGCAUUGGAUCUUGUGUCAAGGCUGCUUCAGUAUUCGCCAAACUUACGUUGCACCGCUAUUGAGGCUUGUGCACACCCUUUCUUUGAUGAUUUGAGAGACCCCACUGCAUGUUUGCCUAACGGGCGAGCUCUACCUCCUCUAUUCGAUUUCACGGCUCAAGGUAAGCUAGGUGGGUUAAUCGUUUUUGCAUUUUAUACCUGUUCUGACUUCUCAAAUUACACAUUUCAACUGCAGAAUUGGCUGGUGCAUCUCCCGAACUACGUCAACGUCUUAUUCCGGAACACGCAAGGGCAUAAGAUCAAAUGAGACCAGCAUCUAUAGUCAAACUGUAAAUUGUUUUGGAUGCUUAGUUGCCGCACCACCCUACCAUCAAGCCAAGCACCCACAGGAUAUCCAAAUUCCCUAUAAAUGGAUAUGCUGGUGAUGAGAUAUAGAAGAACUGCUUUGCCAAACAGGUUUUUGAGUUCUUUUUCUCAUUUGUACGGGCUUUGGCUGCCACAUAUAGUAGUUUAUUAUUAGCAAUCAUGAUUCAAAAAGCCUAAAUUUUCAAAACAGAAGAUUUAGAACUUAUUACAUUGUAUAAUUUUCCUACUACUACAGAGAUGCAAAGUGUCCAUGUAAA